AGCUACAGUUCGGACAGAAAACGAACACACUGUCCGUCGCGAUGGAGCGGUUUUCGAUCAGUAUCCUUCGCCAGCAAGUGUACAACAUUUGCCGUUUGUGCGGUGUAGAUAAUCCGGAUAAGACUCUCAUUCUUGGCGACGAAGAUGUAAUUUGCGCUAUGGAGUCGGAUGAACCGACAUUGGCAAAAAAGAUUGAAGAAUGUGUAGGAAUACAGGUGCAAGCGAAUGAUCAAAUGCCACAGAGCAUUUGUUCACUGUGCGUGGAUAAGGUGAACGAUUUCUACGAGUAUCGUUUGAUGUGCGCAUCAACCAAUAUACAGACACGAACCUUUCUCAAUUUACCGCUUGUACAGCCCUCUGUAUCGUUGAUGAAAUCUGAACCGGAACCGAGCGCGGCAGAAACGGAACAGGACGAUAAAAGCUUAGCUACUAUCUCGACACAAAAACAUGGUCCAAAAACGAGAAACCGAAAGAAAAAGCCAGGAAUCGAGACGCCGGAACAGUGUGCAGAAGAUGCUGAUUUAAAAUCAUUUCUCGACGUAUCUAGCGAGAAUCGUGUGAAGUAUGAACACUUGUGCCAGUACUGCAAUGAAAAGUACGACCAACCUGUCGACCUGGAGCGCCAUUUGGUGGUGAAGCAUACACCGCUCGUACACAAAUUUGGCUGUGGAUCUUGCAUGGAGUACUUUGACACGGCGUCCGAGUACAAGGAUCACAAUCUGUGGCACAAGCUAACACGAACGGCAUUUAGUUGUUUCCGAUGUGGCAAGAAAUGUGCCAAAAUCGGAACACUAAACAAGCAUGUGGAGAUGAACGCCUGUAUAAAACGGCCUAGUGCAUCUGCUGAAGUUCAGCUUGUGCCUGAUAUGCAAUGCACUUCAUGUCAGAAAAUAUUUAAAACACGCAACCUGUACGAGUGGCAUGGGUGCUUCAUACGCGCCCGCGCAAAUUGUCCCAAGUGUGGAAAGUAUUUCUUGAAAAAGAAUCUGCUCAUCCGUCAUUUCAUGCUGUACUGUAAGGGAUCGAUGCCAAUGAUGGAACCAACUUAUAUACCGAUAGCUGAACCUGGCAUAAACGGGCCGCCUGUGAACGGUUUACCACCACCAGACAGCCAAGCUCGGCAGUGCAAUACGCUGGUGAAUAAACGAGGAAGAGGCCGUCCAUCGCGAGCAGAACGUAUGAAGGAAGAAACUAUAGAGUUGCCAUUUACCCCACUGUUGGAUCUUCCGGAGGUGAAAUCCGAGCACAAUUCGGUUGUGGAUGGUCAAAUUUCGUGCGAUGAAAUUCUGUCGAGUGAGCAAGUUAAUGAAGCACAGAAACGCUCUUCGUUGAUAGAGCAAACGGACAAAAUAACUACGCUUUUGCGUUCUGGUGCUUCGGUUGACGGAAACACGGACAUUGCCACUAUCAGUAGUAUGCUAUCAUCGGUAAAUGAGGCCAUCGCUACCAUUUCGAAGGUACGCAAAAGGAAAAAGAAGCGAGAUCGGGACAAAGCAUCCGAUGAAGCUACCGAGAAAGCCAACCCGCCGAUGGUUGUGCUGUCGAUGGCGAACGUUAAGCAGGAAGUGCAGGAAGAUCCCAACGGGUUUGUUACAUUAACAAAUAGUUCCAGCGUGGGGAAUGAACGGAAUGUACCGAUUCCGAUGGACGAAGAUCGUCAGACAUCGGAAGCAGACGGAAACACCAACCAUGACGCAGAACACUGUGGUGACAGUGACGCGGGAGACAUUGUGGAGGAUAGUUUUGCUGAUCGUGCUGAUUCUGAUGGUGACAGUAGCGACGUUGAGAUAAUUAGCGUGGGAACUUACCAUCCAACAGGAACAUCAAAUUCUUCUGCCAAUAAGACGCAAGAAACCGGGCCACUGGUACAACAUACGGUGCAGAUAAAACAAGAACCAAUGGCUACCGACGAAGGUGAAGAGUCUGACUUUGCGGAAUAUGAAGAUGCUUCCAUGUUUGUUGCUGUUAAGCAAGAGCCAUCCGAUGAAUCGGAUGCAACGAUACCGAACCAGCCAUGCUCUACGAUGGAAAAACAUUCCAAUCCAUCGAAUUCAUCUUACCAGGCACUUCGGAUAAAGAUUAAGAAGGAAAAGGGAUUGCUUAAUGCAUCCGUGGUAGAGGAUGGUGGUACGAUCGAUGCGUUACGAACGCCCGAAGCGAAGCGGCAGAAAGCGUCAGAGGCACAGAAUAAAAGAAGCACUCGUCUUGUGGAAUCUGGUACGAAAGUGACGCAACCGGUAGCGGCUAAGCAACACAAUCUCCCUCCACCUGCGAAACGUCCACGGCCGUCAACGGCUGAGCUGAUGUUGAUGCCGAUUAAACAAGAACCACUAGAAAGCAUUCAACAGCUGCAGGAACAUGUGUCUACGGAACAAGUUUCAACAGCUGACACAGCGGCCUACGAUCCUACGAUGGUAAGGAUCAAACAGGAACCACUAGACGAUAGCACUCGAUCGUACGACCCACUACUAGCGAGUCCAUCCGAUAUUGUAGCAUUUGAUGGUGUGCGCAUUAAGCAGGAACGUGUCGAUAGUCAACAAACAGCACAGCAGAAAUCGAAAAAAGCGUUCAAUCCAUUAAGUCUGAUUGGUGUUCGUUUGGCUAGUAGCAAAAAAUCUACCAACAGCCAUCCAGCAAGUCAAACAGCGGCACAGAAAUCUAGCGUAAUGAUAAAUCCCUUUGCUUUGUUGAAGCAGAAGGAGGGUAGUCUGCCAGUGGUGGAGGAACAGACAUCGAGCUCGGAAAAAGAGAAAGUUUCCACCGACAGUAACCGACCCGAACGGUUCAGUUUGCCUGUUAUAACGCAAGUAAAGUCUAUAGAUCCGGUAGAGCAUUUAUCGUUAACUUCCGUGGCAUCCGCUGAAGCUGGCCCAUCGUCACCAGAAGCAGAGCAAUUGCAAAACGAGACGUCCGCUGGGUUGAACGAUUGCGUCGAUACAAACAAUGCGACGGACACGAAUUCUUCUCCCUCAGGUGAACUCAAUUCAGACAGUUCAGAGCCCGCAGUCGACACAGUAACGCCCAAAGUAACUGUUAGUGAGCUAAAGAUCGCUUCCGUUACUACGAUUGCACAAGACGUAUAUGAUUCCAACGGUCAAGAAAACACAGAGCAACACAUGUCAACUGUUGUAGCUACUACAAAUAAUAGUGAUGGUAAUGGUAAUGCUGCUGGAACUUGCAGCAGUGAGCCUGCUGAGAAAGAUCUCUUACCAAAGCUUGAUUCUCAGGACAUAGAGGGUGAGGUUCCGGAUGAUGAGAUGCGUCAAGUUGAACAUCAACCUAAACCUUCCUUCGACGCUGAAAAAGAAAGCGAGGAUGAUGCUCUAGUAGUGCGUAUGGAGAACGAUCAACAAGAGCGUAGCAGAUGUGAUAUUGUCGCAGCUGAAAAUACAUCUAACAUCGAUACAGCGACUGUGUCAAACACUGUCGAAACGCUAGUAGAAGAUAAAAAAGAUGUAAAUAUUAAUGCUUCCACAACUGCGAAAGAAGAUGGGAAGCAUUUACCCGACGGAGUAAUAGUGGCGGCAGUUAACACAGAACCUCCGGAGCCAUGUGCCGUUGCUGAUAAUGAUGAAGUUUCAGUUGCAGCUCAACAAUGUACAUCUUAG